AUGGAUCCUACAAUCCAAGCGGAACUGGAACGGCAACAAUCAACAAUGCUGGAAAAACUAUCGUCCAUCAUGGACAACAAGUUGGAAUCUAUGAAGAGACAGCUUGAGGAGUCUUCAAACACACAAAUGAGCGAACUAAAGAAAAUACGCCUCACUGAACCUCGCAUUUUUAAGAAGAAAGGACACGAACAACAGUAUAAGCAUAACGAACAAGUGAAGUCUGCGGUGAACGAGGCCAAGGACGCCGUUGUGGCGGGAAAGAACGAGGCAUGCAUUGCCAAGCUUAACGAAGGUAUUGAACUUAUCGAUCAGCGCCAAAAGCUAAUUCUCAUAGCAGACAAAUCUGACUACGGCUGGAAAACUGUCGGGGAAUACCUUGAUGACGAGCUCGCGGACGAUGAUCAGGACGCCAAGAAAAUGAAGAAAGCAGAAAAAGAAGCUCAACGGAAAAUAGCCGAAUCUCGCGCCGCCAAAGCCACGAAGGCUCGCCCCUGGUUCAGGAAUCCUAGAUCACCGGGAAACACAAUUGCAAACUCAUCGCCGUCAUCCAGCCCUUUCUCUCUAUCCGCA